CGGCUAGUAUCGCCCUGAAGCCAAUGCCAAAGCACAGUAACGUGAAUGAGAGGAUCUCUAGUUUGGAUUUACUUUGUCUGUUUAGGGUGAUUGCCGUCGAACACCGCACUGGAAACAAUCUUCAGAGAAAACAAGAGGAGGUGCUAGAAGGCAUCAUGGAGCUGGAGCAAAGAGUGCGGCGCAGUUUAUUACUACACGCAACACACAAUGAAAGAACUACCAAACUUUAUAUGCUAAUGAGCAUGGUUCUAUGUUUCAUCAUCUUUACACAGCACCCCUAUGGUGUUGUCGGGUCUCUGGAUGCAUACGGACCCGUAGAGUUCACCAGCGGAGAAGACAAUCCACAAUUUUCCCACCUUGCGGUGGAUGUAAGUACAAGGGAUAUUUACAUAGGAGCUAAAAACUCCUUGUUUCAUCUGCAGUCAGAUUUGAGGUUACGGGAGAAUGUGAGUACUGCACCAGAAUGUCUAGCCUCGGAAACCUGUGAUAACUUCAAUAAGAUCCUGGUCGUUGCGCCCCUUCCUACAGAAAAGCUGAUCAGCUGUGACAGUUUUUCACGCCAAUGCCGGUUUCAUGAUCUUUCCAACAUAUCCUAUUUUGACGAGUACGAGAGGACAGUGAUCAACCCACAGACCCCAGCAGUGGCUGUUCUCCACGAGAGUUCCAUGUACGUCGGAGUAAGUCCGGAUUUACCUGAUCAAUCUCUCACAUACAUCACCAAACUAGGCCUGAAUCCUUUCACCCUGCAGGAAAAACUCAGUGCGCAGAGCAGUACCGCACAAGCGGUUUCAUUUGCACUAAAGUUUGUUGAUGGAUUUGAACUGGAUGGGUUCACUUAUUUUGUGACAUAUCAGCAGCAGCUUAUCGGCAAUGAUCCAACGGAAGAUCAUGAUUAUAUAUCUAAGAUCAACAGGGUUUGUCAAGGGGCCGACAGCCUAGAUUCAUUUACGGAAGUUCAGCUGAAGUGCUCUUCAGGUAACGGCAGAACCUACAACCUUAUUCAGGCCAUUGAGGUGAGUCUGCCUGGGAAAGAUCUUCGUGAAUCUUUCAACAUCAGUGAAGAUGAUCAUCUGCUGUAUGCUGUGUUUACCGAGGCCGAUGGACGCUCAGAUCGAAUUGCUGAUCCUGCUAACUCUGCUCUGUGUAUAUACAAGAUGUCUGAUAUCAUUGAAAAGUUUCGAACGGCAGCGAUUGAUUGUAUGAGUAAAGGAAAUGUUGAGAUGCAUGGAGUACGGCAUUUACAAUCCAGAUGCAGCUCUUUUUCUACCACCAACCCUGACGUGUGUAACACAUUGUGGUACAAGUACGCCAGAGGAACCACACCCCUUGAGGUUGAUCCUGUCAUUACAUUUGAUGAUAAACUGACGACUUCAAUCACUACAGUGACUGAAGAAGACAACACAGUAGCCCUCAUAGGUACAGGCAAUGGAAAUCUUCUUAAGGUCCAGAUCAGCAGUUCCACAAAUGCUAGACUGUAUGAAGAUUUGAAAGUAGGAGAUACCAGAAUCCAACAGGAUACAUACUUCAACCCAAUCGAUGAUCAAAUAUAUCUUCUCACUGAAAAAAAGAUUGUACGUUUCUUGGUGGCCAAUUGUAGUCAGUACACCAGCUGUGAAACAUGUAUUGGAUCCAAUGGCGAUGGCGAUGGAGACCCGUACUGUGGAUGGUGUACACUAGAAGCAAGAUGUACACGUUAUCAGGGAUGUGAGAAAAGGGAUGUCUCAAACCGAUGGCUUCCCUAUGAUUCACAGCAGUGCAUCAGUAUCUCAGAUACAUCUGUGGAUUUCAGUAUCCCCAAGUCUUCCCCAUCUCAAGAGAUCGAGAUCACUGUGAGUCAACUACCACCCCUCUCAAGGGUCGCUGGAUAUGAAUGUCGCUUUGAUGAGAUGCCAUCCAGAGUAACCAGUAUACAGGGCAAUCGGAUCACAUGCCAGACUCCUGCCCCUGAUCGCAUCCCUGAUAUAGAACCGGGUGAAUCUGCUGUAACAGUUGCCCUGAGCAUCUAUUCCAACGAGACCGGAGUAGCCUUUGUCGAGACUGAAUUGAAUUACUACGAUUGCUCUCUAAUCUCAAGCUGUACGGCAUGUAUGAAUAGCCCCUGGGCCUGUGAUUGGUGUAUCUAUGACAACAAGUGUACUCAUGACCAAUCGACCUGCCAGCAAAAUGACAUCGUCAUAUCUUCAAAUGAUGAAAAUGCGAGUGAUCAGUGUCCAUUCAUCAUCACUCCAAAUUUAUUUGUUCCAGUCGGAAAAGAAUUUGGCUUUCCAUUACAAGCCAGGAAUCUUCCCAUAACACAGUUCAUAGUUUAUGAGUGUGUACUGGAAUACGAAGGUAAACAGCAUCCUGUUGACGCCGUUGUGGAGUCACCUACACAAGUUAGAUGUGAAAAUAAUGUGUAUACAUACAAUGCCCACUCUAAAGAAAUCGAGGCCAGCCUAUCUGUAAGAUGGAACAGAUCGAACGUUAUUGAUGACGAUGACAUCAAAGUGACUUUGUACAACUGCUCGGUGGACCGCGACAGCUGCAGUCGUUGCUUGUCCCCUCUCUUCACCCCAGCUGGCCUGUCGUGUCAGUGGUGCGGAAGUACUUGCGCGGUGAUGGGCAGCAGCUUCUGCUCUGCCACAGGUGUCACGCCUAUCUCGCAGGCCUCGGGAGUGUCUUGUGGUAGACCAAGAAUCACAGAUAUAUCUCCAACAAGUGGGCCAAUAGAAGGCAACACGGUUGUGAUGAUUUUCGGAACAGACAUUGGUCAGUCGUUUAAUGAACUGGUCAGGGUGUCAUUAGGCGAAUCUGAUUGCUCUUUUGAAGGCAUGGAAGAGUCCUACAACCCAGGAAGGAGUGUGAGUUGUAGGACAUCCGAAGGAGUCGCCGGUCCAGUCAGUGCUACAAUCGUUUUGAAUCAGAAUGGCAAAACAGUAGAAGGGACAGGUGGCCCAAGUUUCAACUAUGAGGACCCUUCAAUCACCAGUAUAUUCCCCACUGAAGGUCUUGAGGCCGGCGGUACUAAAGUCACAGUCACAGGAAUGCAUCUUAACACUGGUAAUUCUGCCAUAGCCAUGUUUGGGGACUCUCCAUGCAUCUUUUCCAGCCCUCCAACAAGUACGCAGGGCGUGUGCACCACAAGUCCAUCUAAGCCUCAGAUAAGUAUAUAUCUGUCCAUGGUCUUUGAUGGGGCAACCAGGAAUUCCCCGCAGCUUUUUACCUUCUUGCCGAACCCUCAGAUAACCAGGCUGUCUACACUGAAGACCAUCAAGGCUGGAGGAUCUCGUAUAGAAGUAACAGGAACCGGUUUUGGUGUGAUUCAGUCUCCAAUAAUGAGAGUAUCCAUAUCAGCUAAUGAAAGAGAAUAUGUCGCUGAAGAGUCAUGUAUGAAGAGGGAUGAUACAGCCAUCAGCUGCACAUCUCCGUCCCUCCCAGGCGGUGUCCUCACCUACUCUCCCGAUAAUAAUAGCACCAGGAAGAGACGUGCCUCUGAAACGGAUCCCCUGGCUUCAGCCACCCUCUCCUUCCUCUUGGAUGGCUACAACUUCACAUAUGGUGAAGAUCUAGUCUACUAUCCUAACCCAGAAUAUGAACGCUUCGAUGAUGAGGAUAAUAUCCACAAAUAUGAAGAGGACAUUAUCAUCCAGGGUAAGAAUCUUGAUUUGGCCAGCACCAAGGCAGAUGUGGAGGUGAUGGUUGGAGACCAGAACGGAACAGUGACCUCUCUGGCUAAAGAACUGCUCAUUUUCAGUCCACCAAAGGUCAAACCAGGCUUAGGAACACAAGAUAAUAGCAGCAAAGGCAUGCCACUUGUAGUGGUCAAGCAUGGUCACAUCGUCACCCAGAUCGGAUGGAUAGAUUACUCUGCCGUGAAGGACAGUCAGAUGAUGAUGAUCAUCAUCUUGAGUGCUGUAGGAGCUUUGAUCCUCAUCAUAGUGCUUAUCCUGGUGAUUUGCUAUUGGUCCUCUCAGAGGCGCUACAAGGACAAGCUCCAGGAGGUCAAGAUGGAGAUGGAUCAGCUCGAAGAUGCUGUCAAGAACGAGGCUACAAAAGCAUUCUUUGACAUUCAGCAAGACAUGUCUGGCAUCAAGGACCAACUUCAUGAUCUUGGUGGAAUGCCGUUCGUCACCCCUCAAGACUACAUCAGGAACAUGCUCUUUGUAGGACUAGACGUCCAGCCGAUGAUGGUAGACCCACAGCGUCCUGAAGAAAACCUGGACAAGGCCAUGACUGAUUUCUCCAAACUUUUGAACAACAAGGACUUUCUUCUUGUUUUCAUCCGGUGUCUAGACGAAGAUAAGAAGCUCAGUAUGAGAGAAAGGAAUAACAUUGCUUCUCUUUUGACGGUGUGUUUGGUUCUUGAAGGCAAACUUUCCUACCUCUCAGAUGUGAUGCUGACAAUGAUGUCAGAACAGAUCACCAAUGCUGCUGAUGUAGAUAGAUACAGACAGCAGUUUAGAAGUGUUGAGACCAUUGUGGAGAAACUCUUAGCCAACUGGAUAUCUCUGUGUAUGUACAAAUAUAUACAGAAACAUGUUGCCUAUCCUCUGUACAUGUUGUACCAAGCCAUCAAGUAUCAGGUGGAGAAGGGUCCUAUAGACGUCAUUACUGGACACGCCCACUUCUCACUCAACUAUGAGUACCUUUUGGACGAGGAUGUUAUAUUUAAUGAAGUGGGUCUUGAGGUAGAGAACCAGGUCCUGAAGAGUGAGACCAACACAGUGAAGGUCCUGGAUGUAGACACCAUCACACAGGUCAAGGAGAAGGUCCUGGAUGCUGUCUUCCGCAACAAGCCACAGUCGGAGAGGAAGAUUGCAUCGGAAGUUGAUCUAGUUUUGAGGAGUGGCAAGCUUGGUCAGCUAGUGUUGAGAGAUACUGACAACACUACAGAGAAACCAGACGUACCUAGAUGGGCUAAGGUCAAUACUAUCCAACAUUACAGGAUUACCGAUGGUUCCGUCGUAGCUCUAGUUUACAAGCAAGACAAUCCUAAUGCAAGCCUUGCAACUCCCUUGGAUGAGGAAACAGAAUUGCUCGCACCAAGUCCUGCUGCCAGUCCAAAGAGAUUCUCUGAACCUCUUCAAAGAUUAAACACCAACGUAGAGAGUGAUCUAGAAGAAGGAUUCCAGUUUUAUCAUAUAUCAAAUCUGUAUGAAGAUGAUGCAACGAAGAAGACGAUGGGUCGCAGAGGCAAGUCAUCAAGCAGCACAAGAAUCAAACAUAGGAAGAUACGAGAGAUCUAUCUCAGAAGAUUAGUAUCCACUAAGAAAUCCAUCCAGACGUUUGUAGACGAAGCCUUGCAAGUGAUGUUAUCAGUCUCCGAUGACAGGCCUCUUCCCAAGUCCCUCAAGUAUCUGUUUGACUUCUUAGAUCGUCAGGCAGACAGACACAAACUCAAACCAGACACUGCAGAACUCUGGAAGAAUAGCUGUCUUCCGCUGAGGUUCUGGGUGACAGUAUUGACCCACCCCUCCUAUGUCUUUGACAUGAAUCAAACCAGGACAGUGGAUGCUUGUAUCAGCGUACUCACUCAGAUGCUGGACAAUGCAUGCAAGGGAAUAGUACCAAAGUACAACUUUGAGACAUCUCCUAGCCGAGUGCUGUAUGCCAGUGAGUUGCCUGGGUACAUCGAUAUGAUUCCAAACUUCUACAAUGCAAUCAGAGAACAGCCCAGGGUUAGGCAGGAGGAGGUUGAUGAGGAGUUUGCAGAUCUUUGUGAGACAUUCCAAGGAACAUUCAGUAAAGUUGGCACCCUCCAUCAGCUUUACGAGUAUGCCAGCAAGAGAAACGAUACAUUGAUAAUGGCUUUAGAAGAUGACGAGCAGUGUCAGAGGGCAAGUAUGGGAUACAAGCUGGAGCAGAUAGGACAGACAUUAGCCCGAGGUGGAGACUAAAAGAUGGAACAGACAUACCCUGGACCAGGACUAGGACCUUGUUGGUCCAUCCAAUCGGAUAUACCUGCCUCUUAAAGGAUAUUGUGAUAAGCUCUAUGCUGAACAGCAUGAAGGUGAUCUAGUUGUCCGGGUGUCCAGGCGAACUGUUGCUGAUGUCUUCACACAGAUGGUUUGUGCCAAUCAGCAGGAGAUACCAGAGAAUUGAUAUUGGUGUGUCAGCUGCCUUGUGAAUUUAUCUUGAGAAAACCUUGUUCUUCUGUAAAUGUUGAAAAACAAAUGAAUUGACUUGCCAAUCUUGUUCUUGUGACCAAAAAAAAAAAAAUGUUGUGCAGCAUUGUUGUCUUUGAUGGCCAUCAAAGUCUUUGUCAUUGUCUUUGUCAUGAGGCAUCAAAUGUGUCUAUUGCAUUGUGAUAACCAAGAGUGUUUGAAAUAUAUUGUAAGAUGCAGACAUGAAAUGAUGGUGGCUGGUUCGGGUGAAAUGACCUUGAAUCUAAAAAAUUGAGGUUAUGUAACCCAGCUGAAGUAGGUUCAGUGUAUUGCAUUCUACACAGUGUAAUUGGACUCAAAUAUUGUGUCUGGCACAUGAAGCAUUCAUAGCUCACCAUGUAUAUUAUCACUGUAAUCCAGAUUCAAGUGUAUGUAACAAUGGCUGAAUGUCUACAUUGAUUAGCAUGUGGCAGCCAACUAGUCACCUGGUGAAUGUUAGAAUAUCAUGUGACCAGACUCUAAAGUCACAUAACAAUGCAGAAAAAUCAUGUGACUAGCUGCUUCUCAGAGCAGCUCACUUAUAAACAGCACAGCUGAAGUGAUCAUAGUGUUCUAUGUAUGCUUGUGAGUGGAGAAUUCCAACAUGGUUUCAAGAGUUUUGUAAAAUAAUACAUGUUAUGUAAAUGAUCCACCGUGAAUUUUUUUAAAAGAGUUAGUGUCUGUGUUUUUGUGCCUAAGAUUUGAAUUCAAGAGUGGGCAUGUGAGAGUUUCAAAGUGUGAAAGGUAUUGUGGUUUUACUAAUAAUUAUGAAUGGACUAUGAAAUUUAAGAAUUGUGAAUAUUUAAUGAGCUAGCCAUAUGAUAUGUAUAUUUAGCAGGUAGUUACCCUAUUCUAUAUUCAGUAGCUAUACGUUUACUGGGCAAAGUAAUCGCGCAGAUGAUAUUUAGUAGAUGGAUGUGUCAUAGAUUGCCUUUAAUGCAGAGUAAUUCAGAUUCUUCUUUCUGCUUUGUUUGGUUCACUUUCACAAACCUGCCAUUACUUUCAAAACGAAAUUCAUUUUUUUCUCUCUAUAUUCAUUGGCGAUAUCUCAUGUCUUUUUCAAUUUCAGUCUCUCUUUUCUUUCUAAGAAUCAUUCAGAAUUUGCCAUAUCUUUCACAGAUGAUUAAGUUUUUGUCAAAGAAUGUGAAAUUCAUGGAACAAUUUGUUUGCUUUGUCUCACGAUUGUCUCACAAUGAAAGAAGAUGCAAUCUCUAUAAUUCUUGAAGAGACUUCGUUGGAUAGCUUCAAAUCUUCAUUCAACAUGAUUUUUUUUUAAUGUAUAUGUUCUUACGACAGCCAUACAUUUGCUAUUAUGAUUCAUCUUUCUCUGGGCUACUGUGUCUCAUAUCAGAAUUUCAAUGGGAUGAAAAUGAUUUUCUUUUCAUACUUUCUAAAAGUCAUUCUAGAAAAAAAAUCACUAUUAAUGACAAUCAAGUUUCAACCAUCAGACCCCCAAACCUAUGCCUGACCCCUAUUCCACCAAAACAACAACAGCAAUUGAGAAGCUACAUACUGCAUUCAAUCUUGGUGGCUUGUGAAACCCAACCCAUAUGCAAGAUCAGGGUGUCAUUUCACAAAGACUUGUUAUACCAAGUGCACAAUUCCUAUAACAAAUUUACUUUCAACCAAUCAGAUUGCCGGAUGUCAGUAGCUUUAAAGUGUUGUUGCAAAACUUUGUUAUUAUAACAAUUUCUAUAAAAUGGGGGCCCCAGAUUACAAACGAGUGCAUUUUGGAUGUUAACUAUUCAAUUUUUAUUCAAGCCAUUAUGCAGUGUCCAGCCCAUCCUUCCAUGUGAUUUUCCUGACAACAU